AUGAUCUCCCACACAGUACAGAGGAAUCACACAGACGCCUCCAAGGACCGGGCCGCUCUUCUUCGAAGCCGUGCCCAUGACUUUUGCAGGUCCUUGAUCUCACCACCUCCGCCGCGGGAGCUUUUGAAGGAAUUUUUCACUAGUGACAAUCCGUCCAUCAAAGAACACGGCCCAUCAUGGGCAACGUCUCAUCUGCAUUUCCUUGGUCGAGAGUUCAUGGGCGUGGAUGGUUGCGUGGAGUACUUUGAGCUUCUGUCCCAGUCACUCAGGAUGCAUCUCGACGAGGACAGCUUUCCCGGCAAAGACGCACUCGCUGUUGAUGCAGACACAGGAAAGGUCUCGGUUAUGGGCAAGGGUAAAUUUGAGAGUGUUGCGACGGGCCGAAGUUGGGAUGAGAAAUUCACUUAUGUGUUAAGUAACUGGGACGAGGACGGUCGAAUUGGCAAAUGGGACAUUUGGGCCGACCCGCUCAGCGCCUGGGCUGCCGUCGCAGAACACGAUGUUGACAAUUGGAAGAAGGGCGAGCAUCGGUCACUUGUCUCAAUAUCACAACACUUUCGAGAGUAA